AUGGUGAUUGAGCUCCGAUGGAGUCACAGGUCGCCUAGUGACGCUGAAGAUGUCUCUCGUACCAUCACCCCAGGGGGCCGGUUUGUCCUGUUCAAGGAGAGCCGCAGUAAAGUACAGUACAGUCAAGUCGGGCGUCCCCUUAUACGGCAGUUCCGCUGCCGACGUGUCAUCCUUCCACUUUGUCUUAUCCUCGGCAUAUAUGCUGUAUACAUAUGGUUCUUCAGCGGAUCCGUUGAGAUCCAUCCUCCGGCUUUCCCGGUACCCGGAAAUGAAAUUCCGGAAGUUCCAAAGGCUUUGCCCCCUCCACACCGGCCAGUACAGCCUGGUUCCGAUGAGCUACCUCAAGUUCAACCUCCGAAAGUGGUCCCACUCGCACCGGAAGAAGAAGCACCCGGUGCGGAACAAGUUGAAGGACCGAUUGCGGAAAAACCGAAACCGGUCCUACCCAAACCCACCCAGUCCUCGCCUAUGACCCAAGAGGAGAUUCAGGGUGGCGAACCCAGUGAUCCUAAAGUGCUUGCCAUGCGCAACGAAGUCAGACAGAUGGCCAAAGAAGCAUGGGAUGCAUAUGUGCAAUACGCCUGGGGUAGCAGUGAGUUAAAACCGAUCUCCAAAAAGGGUCAUCAGCCGGAAGUGCUCGGGAAAAUUCCCCUGGGUGCCACAAUCAUCGACGGAAUGGACACGUUGUACAUUAUGGGUCUGAAAGACGAAUUCAAAAAAGCGCGCGAUUACGUGGCCAAUGAAUUGGAUUUCAAUCGGGUCAGUUGUCUUUUUCGGGGAUCAUUAUCUUUCUGGACUCGUUUAUAUUUUACAUCCAUGCAUUUUACAUCUCGGUCAAGCAGUACACACUAA